AGGAACUCCAACAGCAAAAACGACCGGAGGAACCGCAAGUUCAAGGAGGCCGAGCGGCUCUUCAGCAAGUCUUCGGUCACCUCGGCAGCGGCAGUCAGUGCGUUAGCUGGAGUUCAGGACCAGCUCAUUGAGAAGCGGGAGCCGGGCAGCGGCACAGAAAGUGACACUUCUCCAGACUUUCACAAUCAGGAGAAUGAGCCCAGCCAGGAGGAUGCUGAAGAGCUGGAUGGGUCUGUGCAGGGGGUGAAACCCCAGAAAGCUGCUUCCUCUACUUCUUCUGGGAGCCACCACAGCAGCCACAAAAAACGGAAGAACAAAAAUCGACACAGCCCGUCUGGCAUGUUUGAUUAUGACUUUGAGAUUGAUCUCAAGUUAAACAAAAAGCCAAGAGCC